AUGAGUACUCAAUCCAAUAUGACCCUUCGCUGGCUGAGCGGUCUCAACAAAGCCUCCACACAUAAAAGAUGGUACAACAUUCCGGUCAUCAACUACAUCAUCAUGGCAUUCUUCUCGUUUCUAUUAAUCCGACUCACCUGGCACUAUCAUAGAUUAUACACGAAAUCUUCGCUGAUGGCGACCAUAGCCACAAAUCUGGUUCUGUUUGGAAUCGCUGAUACAAUGGCUCAAAGUAUAGCUGCAUUCUACUCCCCAUUGACCAGAAGGCGAAACUCCAGUGUGGCUUCUGCACUCGAAAGAGGGCAUGUUUUGCCGGAAGAACCUGUGGUGGAUAACAUCGAGAUGUUUGUCGAUUAUGGGGAUGAGAAUUACCAGGACGGUGAUACUCCAAAACCUACGGUAUUCCACCCUGCCGUUGACAGUGCUGCAUUUGAUUUUAAGAGAUUCUGGUAUUUCAUGUUUUGGGGGUUUCUGAUGGCUUUUGUCUCGAUUGGCUGGUAUACCAUUCUCAAUUCACUGUACUUGGACAUGCCUUACUUUGUAUCGGUUCUGGAGCGAGCUUUGACGGAUCAGCUGUGUUUUGCACCUGUCAGUCUGUUUUCAUUCUUCUCAUACAGCACCUUCGUCAUGGAAAAGGGCAAUAAGCUUGACCUCAAGGCCAAACUUGACAGUAUCUACCUGUCCACUCUAGUGGCCAAUUGGAGUGUGUGGUUUCCUGUUCAAUUUAUCAACUUUUUGAUUAUGCCCACCAAAUUCCAGGUUCCUUUCAGUUCUGGGGUUGGUGUUCUGUGGAACUGCUUCUUAUCGCUGCGAAACGCUUCCACGUGA